AUGUACAUAUUCCGGUUCACAAUCCCCUUGGUUUUCAACAAUAUCACAGCUCAUUGGGACUACAAGAUCCGAUGCGAUUAUAAUUUGCAUGGAUAUUUCAAGUGGUACGUCACAUUGAUGGAAUUGAUUUGCCCAAAGGAGCUUCUUGCUCGAUCCCUUCGAAACGUCUAUCUUACGGAUAUCAUGUACAAGACGAAAGAAGCAAUUAGGGAGCUUUUGUUGCCAACGAGCAACCGAUGGAAGUCCCGAUUUGAUUUCAAUGAUGUAUAUGAGAAAAUGAAAGAAGGCGAACCGAAGAUUAUCGUUUGCGAUGAGAAAUACGCUGGCGUAACGAAAACCAUGUGGCAUUUGUAUACGAACAGUACCGGAAAUGUUACAAUCGAUACCUCAAUUCUUUUUCAUGGAAGACCUUUCCGAUUCCGUGUCACAACCGACGUUUACGAAGAAAAACAUUUUCGAGUCAACUGGGAUUUCGACAUCGCCUUUGACCUGCUUAUGGCAAGCUUCUUCCUCGAAAAAUUGGUAAUAUCAUGCCCAUUCUUUGUUUAA